AUGGCGAAAUCUUUUGAAGUGGGGCCUGGCAAGCAGAUGACGAAGGUGGUCUUGUUUCCGUUGGUAAUUUGGCUUUGUCUGUUUGCCCCGUUUUGUUUCAGUUGGGAUGCUUUUGGCGUUGCGUUUGUCUUGUAUAUCAUCACCGGGUUGGGUAUUACUCUCUCUUAUCAUAGAAAUCUGAGUCACAGAAGUUUCAAACUUCCCAAAUGGCUCGAGUACUUUUUUGCCUAUUGCGGUGUUCAUGCUCUUCAGGGAGAUCCAAUUGGAUGGGCGAGUCACCAUAGAUAUCACCAUCAGUAUGUGGAUACUAAAAAAGAUCCCCAUAAUCCCAUUGAAGGAUUUUGGUAUAGUCUUAUAGGUUGGCUAUAUGACACCAAAGCCGCUAUUGAAAGGAGUAAAAGACCGACAAAUGUAGGGGAUUUGGAGAAUCAAUUCUUUUACAACUUCAUUCGUAAUACCUACAUUAUUCACCCUAUUAUACUUGCGACAUUGCUAUAUGCCAUAGGUGGAUUUCCGUAUGUAGUUUGGGGCAUGGGUGUAAGGAUUACAUUUUUUUCAUACGUAACAUAUUCAGUGAAUUCUGUGUGUCACCUAUGGAGAAAUCAAGCAUGGAAUAGUGGUGAUCAAUCUAGAAAUAAUUGGUUAUUGGCAUUGCCUUCAUUAGGAGAUGGUUGGCAUAACAAUCACCAUGCGUUUGAGUAUUCAGCUCGACAUGGCCUAGAAUGGUGGCAACUUGACAUAACUUGGUAUUUUGUGAGGGCACUAAAAGCUUUGAGUUUAGCAACUGAUGUUAAGUUGCCUACUGAUGCUCAAAAGAAAAAGAUGGCUUUAACUACAACUUAAUGCAAAGCCGACACAACCUGAAAUAAUAUAUAUGGGAUAUGAAA